AUGUCGGGAAUGUCCGGUGUAUCCGUCGACGACGCCUGCUUGCAGGCGUUCCAGGAGCUCAAGCUCGGCAAGAAGCUCAAAUACAUCAUCUACCAGGUCUCUGCCGACAAGACCCAAAUUGUUGUGACGAAGAAGUCGGACGAUCCGUCGUACGAUAACUUCCUUGCCGACUUGCCCGAGAACGAGUGCCGUUGGGCAGUCUACGACUUCCAGUUUGAGAAGGACGGUGGCCAGCGCAACAAGAUCUGCUUCUUCAUGUGGUCGCCCGAUGACGCGAAGAUCAAGGACAAGAUGCUCUUCGCCUCGUCCAAGGACGCCCUUCGUCGUGCACUCGUCGGUAUCGCUUCUGAGAUCCAGGGCACCGACUACUCUGAGGUCGCUCAUGAAAGCGUGCUCGACAAGGUCUCGCGUGGCAACUGA